AAUGUCUUCAGUAAAUGUCAUUUGUCAUUUGAUCAUCGAGUGACAGAUAGAAAGACUUGGUUUUAUUCGUUCACAUUUUUCCCAAUUUAAUAGCCUAACGAUACAUUAAUUGAUAUAUUUUCUUAUCAUUUUUGUUAUCAAAUUAAAUUCUCAAAUAGGUUAUAGGGCACACUAUUCUCUAGAACAAUAAACACAGUGACUUUUCUUGAAAUAAAGAUCAGGAAACUAUCCUGUCACUUCGCUUCAUAACAAUAACCUUUCGUCAUUGUGGAUAGGCUAAUUACGUAUAAUUAGUGCACGAAAAUAUAAUAACAGCGACAGUGAGCACGAUGGCAAAGGAGGAAGACGACGACAAUUUGCCCGACAAGGAUGCGGCAAAAGAAUUCUACGCGAGAUAUGAGCCGAAAGAAAUAAUAGGCAGAGGUAUAAGUUCUACAGUACGAAGAUGUAUAGAAAAAGAAACUGGAAAAGAGUAUGCGGCAAAGAUUAUAGACCUCAGUCAGGAAUCACAAGAUGGGGUAGACACGCAUACAAUGAGGGAUGCGACACGGCAAGAGAUCCACAUACUGCGGAUGGUCGCUGGACAUCCUUAUAUUAUCGAGCUGCAGGAUGUGUUCGAGUCGGAAACAUUCAUAUUCUUAGUGUUUGAGCUGUGCAAGAAUGGAGAGCUCUUUGACUAUCUCACAUCCGUGGUCACAUUAUCAGAAAAGAAGACUAGGUAUAUUAUGAGACAAGUCCUCGAGGGGGUUCGGCACGUGCAUAGUAAGUGCAUAGUACACCGAGAUCUGAAGCCCGAGAACAUUCUACUGGAUGACCAGCUCAACGUCAAGAUCACAGACUUUGGGUUCGCGAAGGUGCUCAAAGAUGGAGAGAAAUUAUUUGAACUGUGUGGCACUCCGGGCUACUUGGCUCCCGAGACCCUCAAAGCCAACAUGUUCGAUGACGCACCUGGAUAUGGCAAGGAAGUUGACAUAUGGGCGUGUGGCGUCAUCAUGUUUACUUUAUUAGUCGGGUGUCCUCCGUUCUGGCAUCGCAAGCAGAUGGUCAUGCUGCGGAAUAUCAUGGAGGGGAAGUAUUCCUUCACCAGCCCUGAGUGGGCAGAUAUUUCAGAUGACCCAAAAGAUUUAAUUAGGCGGCUUCUAGUGGUGGAGCCUAGCGAAAGGCUUGGCAUUGUCGACGCCCUCAACCAUCCCUUCUUCAACACGAUGUUAUGGGAUCAAGACAUGAUGCCGCUCAAGAAAUCCUUGUCGAGUACUAGCCGCCGGAUGUCUCGGAUCGACCAGUUGGCAAUGGCUAUAAAGAGCGGCGGGUUCAAUGCGCGUGGCAAGUUACGCGUGGCGCUGGUAGCGGUCCGCGCGGCCGUGCGCCUGCGCCGCCUGCCCCACGCAGCAGCGCGCGCGCUUCCUCUCGCCGACGCGCUACGAGACCCCUAUACUAUGCGCGUUCUCAGAAAGGUCAUCGACGGAUGUGCGUUCCGCGUAUACGGGCAUUGGGUAAAGAAGGGCGAGGGACAGAACCGUGCCGCCCUCUUCGAGAACACGCCUAAGACCGAGCUGAAGAGCUUGUACGUCAGCAACCUCAGCCGAUAGCCACAUGCCCGUUAUGUCGGGAGACAUCCUUGCCGCUGCUGCGAUCCUGGUACAUUGGAGCAGUUCAAGUACCAGGGUUGCAGAAUAUUCGAAGAAGUGAUCUUCGGCCAACUAAUCAAGUCCGAAGCGUGAACGAAUGAUGUAGGUUAGUCGUAGUUACUGUGAGUAAUGUUAUGCUACCUUGGUACACUAGUUGAAUUGUCUACCUGUAUUAUCACAUGCCUGCAGUUGACUAGACAACCGUAGUCAACAUCAAAUAGCGUAAAUUACAUUUCUAAAUUAGUACAAGAAUGAAAGGGAAGCAAUAAAAAUUGCUGUGAUGACGAAUUAUCAUAUUAUCUUGUGUUAGUUGUUAAUUGUUUUUCUCACUAUUUUAAGGUCCACAUUAGAGAUAAUUUAGUAUUAUUCGAGUCCUGUAUAGAUAUUGUAUUGAUCAAAUUAGUUUAACAGAUUGUUUUAUAACAAAUUAAGCUAAUAUAUGCGAUAGCAGAGCGUACAAAAAAAAUAGCAAUAUUGUCUACACGUAGCUAACAGAUAUUAUGUGGAAAAUAUCACAAUAAGGUGCCUUCUCAGUUCGUGGUGCGAGAAUUUAUAUCGUUUUACAAUAUUUUUAAUUUGAAUAAUGUUUGGUGUGACAGUAACUAAGCAAGUGUUUCGGAAACUUUUUGUUGCAAAUAGUAUUUCGAUCGUAAAUGCAAUAAUUAUUAAGAAUUAAAAAAAAUGUGACGAAAUGUUUGAUUAUAAAUAUAUGUAAGUGUAUUUGAA